AUGUCCUCGAAUAUAGACUACAGCCGCCUUAAAGAUGAGUUGAUAAUUGGGUACUCCAAGAGAAAACUUUCAACUGAAAAGAAAGCCGCCCCUUCUAAUAUUCGUGAAACACAACUGUCUUCCCAAGUGAUAUCAUCAAUUCACACACUUUCUGAUUGUCUAACACGUUAUCAGAACCCAGAUGCAUUGGAUAAAGCUCUUGAUGUAAUAGAUUUGGCUAAAAUCUACGAAAACGUUGAGCGUCGUGAACAAGAGAGUACCAACCCUUUAUUAAAUUAUGAUGAUUUUAUAGUACUUGAGUUGCUACGGUAUUUUAAGCAUGAUUUCUUCAUUUGGUUAAAUUCACCUUCAUGUCGUUGCGGGUCAUCAGAGGUGGUGCAAAUAGGUCUUAAACCUCCAGAUCCUGCUAAUAAUCCUGAUCGUAUUUCCAUUAUAGAAAUUUAUCAAUGCAAGAAAUGUAAUCAAUAUGUUGGAUUCUCUCGGAUAAAUAAUCCUGCAGCAUUGCUUGAUACUCGUAAGGGUCGGUGUGGAGAAUGGGUCAAUUGCUUUUUACUAAUAUUGACGGCUUUAAUUGGAGAAGGCAAGGAUAGGAUCAGGUAUGUUUGGAAUAAUGAGGAUCAUGUUUGGUGCGAAUAUUACUCUUUUGGGUUGAAAAGAUGGGUUCAUUUAGACCCAUGUGAAGGCGUAUUUGACGAGCCAUUAUUAUACUGUGAAAACUGGGGUAAGCGUAUGUCAUAUGUCAUUGGAUUCAACAAAUAUAGCGUCGUUGAUUUGAGUAGAAAAUAUAUUACCCAAGACAGGCAAAUUGAACAACUGGAUAUAGUUGAUCCAGAAAAGGUGAAGAAGGUGAUUGAUUUUUUCAACGUGAAAAAAGCAGAAGGGUAUCUCGCUGAAGCAAGAUUGACUUAUCCAGAAAAGGAGCUGUGGAAACUAUUAUACACUGAUGUAUUUGUCCCGAGAAACCGAGAACUUGAUGAUUUAGCGACUGAAGAAUCCACUCCAUCUUCUGGUUUACCCAAGGGUCGUCAGACAGGAUCUGCCGAGUGGACUAAAGCUCGUGGUGAAGACGGUUAG